GCAGCAUCUUUUGAGACCUGGAAGCUGGGUGUGACAGUGCAUGCCUCUAAACACAGAACCAGGAAGGCCCAGGCAGGAGACUGGCAUGGAUCAACUCAUAAACACCUUGGGAGUCCAGUUUAAUUCACAAAGAGCUUCAAUGCAGGUGUUCAAACAGGCCACUGGCCCUAUUCCAAUCAGAAAUCCUCCUGUAACUGUAGACAGAAGAACGAUGACUUCUCCACCACUCCUGGAUGCCAGCUCCAUGGAGAACCCAGCCCUGUUAAAUGACAUCAAGAUCGAGCCCCCAGAAGAACUCCUGGCUAGUGAUUUCAACCUGCCGCAGGUGGAACCAGUGGAUCUCUCCUUUCACAAGCCGAAGGCUCCUCUCCAGCCUGCUAGCAUGCUGCAAGCUCCAAUACGCCCUCCCAAACCACCGUCUGCAGCGCAAGCAAUGGUGGUAUCCACAUCACCUGACACGGGCACCACAGCAGCCAUUCCUACUGUUCUUACACCAGGCUCUAUCCUGGCCUCCUCUCAGGGUACUGGGGGCCAACCGAUUUUACAUGUGAUUCAUACCAUCCCCUCAGUCAGUUUGCCAAAUAAGAUGGGUGGACUAAAGACAAUCCCACUGGUGGUUCAGUCUUUGCCUAUGGUCUAUACCAGUUUGCCUGCAGACGGGAGCCCUGCAGCUAUUACUGUCCCACUCAUUGGAGGAGACGGCAAAAAUGCUGGAUCAGUCAAAGUUGAUCCCACCUCCAUGUCUCCAUUGGAAUUUCCAAGUGACAGUGAGGAGAGUGCAAUUGAGAGUGGAUCUUCAGCCUUACAUAGUCUGCAGGGAUUUCAACAUGAACCAACAACAAUGGCUCAAAUGCAUGGAGAAGAGUCUCUUGACUUAAAGAGAAGACGGAUUCACCAGUGUGACUUUGCAGGCUGCAGCAAAGUGUACACCAAAAGCUCUCACCUGAAAGCUCACCGAAGAAUCCAUACAGGAGAGAAGCCUUACAAAUGCACCUGGGAUGGCUGCUCCUGGAAAUUUGCUCGCUCGGAUGAGCUUACUCGCCAUUUCCGUAAGCACACAGGCAUCAAGCCCUUCCGGUGCACAGACUGCAACCGCAGUUUUUCUCGGUCUGACCAUUUGUCCCUGCACCGCCGUCGUCAUGAUACCAUGUGAAUAUCACAGGCCACAGCAGACAUGCUGCGCUGGUCUCUUGAGUAUGUGCUGAAGUCAAGACUAUGUUUGCCUCUGACUACAACUUGCCCUGUGAUUGGGGUUAGAACAGCCUACUGAGCCAGGUUCAUGAGACUGCAGAAAAAGUUAGCUGGUCUCCCAUGUGGCUCUUCCUAUUCCACUUUCACCUCUCCACUGUCCAGAUUUCAGUUUUUUCAACCUCUUCCUGGGUUGAAUUCUAGUGCGGCGCCCAUGGCUGCCCUCCCUGAUCCCUCAUGCUAUGUUAUAGACAUUUUUCCUACGAUAAACAUACAAAAACAGGAAUCAAACUGAAGGCUGUGAACAAACAU